AUGGAGCCCCUUUUCGCCGGUGUCUCCAACAAUGCCCACCAUCUCUAUACUCUGCUCUCCUGCAUUGGCUUUGCCUCCAAAGCCACCGUCCAGAUCACCCCCGGCGGACUCCGGUUCUCUGCGGAAGAAGCCCGUGUAGUCCAGGGCCUCGCAUUCCUCGACAAGUCGCUUUUCACCAGCUACACAUUCAACAACCCGUCGACAGACAACACGCACCCCGACCAGAAUGGAGAGGACGACGGCAACUCCUCCGAUGAUCCCAACUGGCCACACUUCGUGGUCUCCCUCUCCGCCAUCCUCGAAACCCUCAAGAUAUUCGGCCUAAACGAGCUCUCCGAAUCCGAUCCCUCUGGAAACACACGCAUCCAACAGAACAACACCGCUUCCUCAAGCGCAUUUAACGCCCCCGCCCUACUCCUGGACCGCACUUGCACCCUGCAAUACGCACAGCACGGCGCUCCGCUGAGCAUAACCCUGACAGAAGCUGGCGUAGUAACAACCUGCGAGCUAAACACCUACGAGCCCGAAGAAGACUACGCCGAUAUCCCGCUUCAGCGCGACGCCAUCAUCAUGAAAAUCAUCAUGCGCUCGACUUGGCUGCACAACGCCAUCGCCGAGCUCGACUCCAGCACCCCAACCAUCCUCAAGCUCUCUGCUGAAUCCACAGUGGAAUUCUCCAUCGACACGCAUAAUGAAAUCACCGGUGGAGGAAUAGGCCAAAGUCAGGGCGGCCAGCUGCAGUCGCAGACACAGGCACACCACAAGAUCCUCGCAGACGACGGCUCGACCCGUCCGCGCGCAACGCGAGCGAAGCUCGCUCCCACCGUCACGGAGACGUUCUUGGUUUCUCCGCCGUCAGCUAUGGGUGAGCGUAUUCAGCAGAGCUAUCGGUUUGCGCUGGUGCGCAAAGCCGCGCGCGCGAUGGCUGUUGCGAAUAAAGUUAGUAUUCGGGGUGAUCGGCAGGGCGUGCUGAGUCUGCAGUUUAUGAUCGAACUCGAUGAGCAGGGUGUUGCUGUGGGGAGGUCUGUUGGGGCUGGGGUUAAGGCAAGUGCUGUUGGGACGGUGUGUUUUGUCGACUUUCGGUUUGUGCCGUUGUUGGAUGAGGAGGAUGCCGAGGAAGAUGUGCUGAUGGCUGGGGAGUAG